UUGAGGUAAUUAUUUAAUCUCCUAGGAAAAGGAGUCAGAGUUAAAGAUGGUGGACAGAUUCAUCUCUGAGGAACUAGGAGAGGUCAAAGACGUCCAUAGUCCACAGAAGAAAAAGCGUCCUCAGAGCUCUAGGAAGUCCUGCAGUAGGUACCACCAUGGACGGUACGAGGUGCUACCGGUCACCCCAAAGGAAGCAGAACUUGAAGAGGCACCAGCAGAGAUGAAUGAGGAAAAGGAGUCCGAGUUGAAGAUGGUGGAUGAAUUCAUCUCUGAGGAACUUUCAAAGAUUAAUGAGAAAAAGAUGUUGGAGUUAAAGAUGGUGGACAGAUUUAUCUCUGAGGAACUAGGAGAAGUCAAAGACAUCCACAAUCCACAGAAGAAAAAGCGUCCUCAGAGCUCCAGGAAGUCCUGCAGUAGGUACCACCAUGGACGGUACGAGGUGCUACCGGUCACCCCAGAGGAACCAGAACUUGAAGAGGCACCAGCAGAGAUGAACGAGGAAAUGGUGUCAGAGUUGAAGAUGGUGGAUGAAUUCAUCUGUGAGGAGCUUUCAGAGAUGAAUGAGGAAAAGGAGUCAGAGUUGAAAAUGGUGGAUGAAUUCUUCUGUGGGGAGCUUUCAGAGAUGAAUGAGGUAAAUAUUUUAGUUUUUUAG